AUGCAGGUGGGAGACUCGCGGUGGGAUGAUUCGUAUAAGUUGAUCAAUUAUCCCGAUAACGGCCCUUGGUCUGUUCGAUUUACUGCAUGGUACACGGCCGGCUUGCUCCAUCGCAACAAGGGUAACGAUGUGGCCAAUGCAAAGAAGGCUAUUGAUAUGAUCCUGCAAUGCCAGAUGAAUGAGAUUUACGACUCGGCGUGGUAUGGCACUUUCAAGUUGUCUCCAGACGAGCCUUACCCGACGCCUGAUUCACCCCUCUACCCCCCCUCCAUCUAUGGGACAUAUGACCCGAACUGGAGAGAGUUUGUUGGGACUCAACUCGUCCAAGUCGUCGAGGAGUUCGGUGACCUUCUCGGCAAGCAGCUCGUCACCCGCAUCGAAGAUGCUCUCGAAGCCGCAGCUGUCGGCGCCAUGCGCCGCAACGGCACUUUCCCCGAGGACGACAACCUCACCAUCGCGUACGCCAACCCGGCCCUCAUGCGCGCCUGGUUCGUCGGCUGGAUAGGCGAGCGCCGCAACAACGAGACCUUCACCAAGUUCGCCAACCAGCAGGGCGACCUUAUCCUGAAGCUCUUCAAGUCCACCGGCGACGAUGUGCUCUCGGAGUACAACGCUCCCACCUACUAUGGCAUGGACGCCUGGGCGCUCGCCGGCAACAUCAAGUACGGCCCCAAGAAGGCCACCAUGACCAAGAAUGCCGAGUUCAUCAUGACGGAGCUGUGGAAGGAUAUUGCCGAUCACUGGAACCCCUACCUUGGAAACAUGGCCGGCCCCUACGACCGCGCCUACACCAGAGACUUGACCACUCACUCAGCCGUCAUCUCCAUGUUCUGGUGGGGUCUCUAUGGCUACGAGUAUGGUCCUCACCUGUACAAGGGUGAGCUUGAUCUUCUCUACGAUAUUGCCCAGGGUGCCGCGGUCGCACUCAUCAUGGACACCACCUCCAAGUUCAUCUCCAAGGACACCGCCAAUGCUCUCAAGGCCAAGGGAUCAUGGAAGGGUCAGCGCCUCAUCACUAAGACUAUCCCCGACGCACUCGGAAAAGAUGCCGACACCCGUACCGCCACCUCUUGGAUCUCCUCCCCGCUGAUGAUCGGCGCUGAGCAGGUCGCCGAAGACAAGAACCGUGGCAAUCAGUUCGUCCCAGCUAUCGUGCACUGGGCUGGCGAGCUGACUCACAAGCCGUUCCCUUAUAAUACUUUCUUCUCGCUGUACCCAUCUGCAUCCACCAUCGACGCAGUCGCUGGAAAGAACAGCCUUACCAUUUCGUACCCCAACACUACUCAGGACGGCACCGACAUCUUCACCUACGCUCUGUCCAACGUUCCUCCCAGCUGGACUCUCGGUGGCAAGCAUGUCAUUGAUGGAUUUGAGAGCCUGCCUUGCCUAAAGGUGACUGUGGAUGCUCCCGGCCUAGAGAAGCAACCCGUCACAUACGGGUCGCAACUGAGGGAUCACUUGUACUACAACAUCUCGUACGCGGUUCCUGCGGGCUUUGAGGGCGUGCCCAAGAUGGAGUUCAAGUUCAAGUACACUUGCUAAGCGAGAGGCGGAAAACGAACUAAGUGUGUAUUCGAUUCUUUGGGAAGAGGAGUUUUAGUCUAUGUAAUUCUUAGGACCGUAUAUAUGGCGGAG